AUGGCCUCCGAGGAAAGUGGCCCUUUAGGCCCAGCACACAAGCGCCUCACUGCUGAAGAUCUUGACGCUUUCCAGACCAACUUUGUCAGUCUUGAGGAAGUUGGCUUCGACAAGGAAAUUGAAGCAUGGGACAGCAGCUUGAACGAAUGGACCGCACGUCUGGCCUCGCCAACUUGGAAGGCUUGA